AUGGCGUACCGUGGUCAGGGCCAGAAAGUGCAGAAGGUGAUGGUGCAGCCCAUUAAUCUCAUCUUCAGAUACUUGCAAAAUAGAUCCCGGAUUCAGGUGUGGCUCUAUGAGCAAGUGAAUAUGCGGAUAGAGGGUUGUAUCAUAGGUUUUGAUGAGUACAUGAACCUUGUAUUAGAUGAUGCAGAAGAGAUUCAUUCUAAAACAAAAUCAAGAAAACAACUCGGUCGGAUCAUGCUAAAAGGAGACAAUAUUACCCUGCUACAAAGUGUAUCCAACUAG